GCCAACUCAAAAUGGUCUGAGAAAUGGUACCCAAGAAACCUGUCCUGAUGUAAAUCUACAGAAUGCCACUCACAGAAUAUCUGCAGCUGUUGAUACUCUGGCAGGGCAAGUAUUGUGUAAAAGACGGACCAAUGCGAGUUUACCUACAGACAAGUACAGGGAGGUGGAAGAAAACCUCAGGUUGAUUGUGGAGUCCACUUUGAAAGUUUUCUUGGAUUUGGACACCAAUCAGUCUGGAGUCAGUGUUCUGGAUGCAUUUGGAACACUGGACAGCCUCAGUUUGGGAAAUCAAAGUGAUGCCACAUUCGUCAGACAGUGGUUCACGAUAAAGAUGGCUCCUCUUUUGCCCCAUGUCAAUGAAAACUUUCUGACCGAGUUGAGCACUCAGAACUUCAGCUGUGGUUCUUUCCAAGUCUUGAUCAAGGCUAUGAGUCAUACAAUGGAGAAUUUGACAAAAAUGGGAAGAAUAUUAACCUACACAAACUUCAUUCGGGUCUACCUUGCACGGACAAAUUUGCCAGAACCUGGAUGCAUUGAGAAUGUAAAAGGAACUAAAGAAUGGCUAGAGAAAAACCUUGGACAAUUUUCAAUCUUUGCCAGUCUUGAGGAUCUGAAGACACUAAACAAAAAUUUCAAUGGAAGUGAGGUUGUGGACGCCCUGACAACAAGCCAACAGGCUGAGUUGAUCCUGGAUCCGGAGAGUGGCGCUUUGGAAGAUCCAACCAUUGUGAAGGCGGUGUUUGGAAAACUGGCAGCGUCUAAUGAUACCGACGACCUCAGAGCGUUUUUCCAGGCCUUCUCAGACACUGCCAAGCAGAGAAAUAUCACCUUCAUCGAAAACGCAGAAGUAAGAGGCACCAUCUUGAACUUGACCUUGACAGCGCUUGCUCCUGAACUUGCAGGCUUUGAGCCUGAAGACUGGGGCGUGUGGUGCCAGGUCUACUUGGUUCCUGUUUUGGCCAGCUUCCGCCCCAGCUUCGUGGCCCUGAUUCCAAGAAAUAUCAGCUGUGAAUCCUACACAGAAAUUGUCACCGGUCUUCGGCAAAGUGCGCAAUCCCUGCCGCUGUCUGAGACGACCGACGUGAGGGCAAGCGUGCAGUCACUGGAGGAGAAUUUCCCACGUUGCUCGAUUCCGGACUCAUUUGUGUGUAAAGACACUGCAGUGGAUGAGGCUCUCAUCUGUCCUGAGGGUGAUAGAUCGCAGCUGGAACAAAUCCUGUCUACCGGCCAGUCAUCUGGGGCCGUGUGCAACUUUACCAUCCUGGAGCAUGCCUGCUCCUCGGCUUCAAAUCUCACAGCCAGCAACCUGGCGGCACUGUUGGAAUGCUCGACAGAAAGCCCAUCGACAUACCCAGUGGAGGUCUGGAAGCUUUUAUUCCAGAAAGCUUCUUCUGUACUCGACCAGGCUCUUGAACUAUUCUCUGCCAUGGCCACCAACACCAGCAAGCCAUCCCUGUCACAGGCUCUUGAGGCUCUUGGAGAAGUGAGCAUUGACAAGUUCAACCAGACGCAACUGCAAAAUGAGACCUUUGUCGGGAGAUUCUUCCAGGGAAAGAUUCUACCGUUUUUGGCCUCUCCAUCCGCCAACUUCCUCUUCUGCCUGAGCACCAAGGAUUUCAGCUGCUCUGCCUACCGGAGAAGCAUCCAGGUGUUCAGUCAGCAAAGGCCACUCAUGGACAGAGAAGGACAGAGGGCAGUCUUCACCUAUUUCAUCCAGCCAUUCCUUUCCAGAAACGAUUCAUCAGAUCCUGGCUGCGUCUCAUUUUACCCAAGCAGUAGAGAGUGGCUGGAGGCCAACUUGGGCGGCUUCUCUGGUUUUGCCACCCUGCAGGAUUUGCAAGCCCUAAAUCCCAAUUUCUCCGGCGUGGAUUCCUUGUCAGAGCUGACUCCUACCCAGGUAGCACAGCUGACGCUGACCUCAGGGGCCUUGAAUGACACAGGGCUGGUUGACCGUGUGUUUGACCGGCUUGAGGAUGGCGACGCUGUAGACAACAUGGACAAAUUCUUCUCAGAGCUGACAGCUGACGGAAUGGUGCCCAGUUUUCAACGUCCUGCAAAAGACCGUGCAAUGGAACGGGCCUUUACCAUCCUCCAAGGCAGAUUCCCUGGCUUCCGGCGAGACGACUGGAUUAAGUGGUUUACCCUAAGACUGACUGUUGUCCUCUCAAGUCUCACGCCAGAGAUGCUGGAGAACACAACCGCACACCUAAACUGCACAAACUACCGUGUCGUUGUGCAAGGAUUGGCCAUGGUUUUCUCUGACAUACCUUCACCUACACGACCACAAAUGGCAGAUGUUUUGCUGCGCUACCUGAAGAACUCCGCCAGUGUCAUUAAUACACCAGUUUGCAGGCAAGGGAUUCUGAGUGAUGCUGAAUGGGUGGAAGAAAACACCGGUCCAUUCUCUGAGUUCAUAACAUACUCUGAGCUUAAAUUCUUCAACAUCUCCGGGGUGGAGGUUGUGGACGCCCUGACAACAAGCCAACAGGCUGAGUUGAUCCUGGAUCCGGAGAGUGGCGCUUUGGAAGAUCCAACCAUUGUGAAGGCGGUGUUUGGAAAACUGGCAGCGUCUAAUGAUACCGACGACCUCAGAGCGUUUUUCCAGGCCUUCUCAGACACUGCCAAGCAGAGAAAUAUCACCUUCAUCGAAAACGCAGAAGUAAGAGGCACCAUCUUGAACUUGACCUUGACAGCGCUUGCUCCUGAACUUGCAGGCUUUGAGCCUGAAGACUGGGGCGUGUGGUGCCAGGUCUACUUGGUUCCUGUUUUGGCCAGCUUCCGCCCCAGCUUCGUGGCCCUGAUUCCAAGAAAUAUCAGCUGUGAAUCCUACACAGAAAUUGUCACCGGUCUUCGGCAAAGUGCGCAAUCCCUGCCGCUGUCUGAGACGACCGACGUGAGGGCAAGCGUGCAGUCACUGGAGGAGAAUUUCCCACGUUGCUCGAUUCCGGACUCAUUUGUGUGUAAAGACACUGCAGUGGAUGAGGCUCUCAUCUGUCCUGAGGGUGAUAGAUCGCAGCUGGAACAAAUCCUGUCUACCGGCCAGUCAUCUGGGGCCGUGUGCAACUUUACCAUCCUGGAGCAUGCCUGCUCCUCGGCUUCAAAUCUCACAGCCAGCAACCUGGCGGCACUGUUGGAAUGCUCGACAGAAAGCCCAUCGACAUACCCAGUGGAGGUCUGGAAGCUUUUAUUCCAGAAAGCUUCUUCUGUACUCGACCAGGCUCUUGAACUAUUCUCUGCCAUGGCCACCAACACCAGCAAGCCAUCCCUGUCACAGGCUCUUGAGGCUCUUGGAGAAGUGAGCAUUGACAAGUUCAACCAGACGCAACUGCAAAAUGAGACCUUUGUCGGGAGAUUCUUCCAGGGAAAGAUUCUACCGUUUUUGGCCUCUCCAUCCGCCAACUUCCUCUUCUGCCUGAGCACCAAGGAUUUCAGCUGCUCUGCCUACCGGAGAAGCAUCCAGGUGUUCAGUCAGCAAAGGCCACUCAUGGACAGAGAAGGACAGAGGGCAGUCUUCACCUAUUUCAUCCAGCCAUUCCUUUCCAGAAACGAUUCAUCAGAUCCUGGCUGCGUCUCAUUUUACCCAAGCAGUAGAGAGUGGCUGGAGGCCAACUUGGGCGGCUUCUCUGGUUUUGCCACCCUGCAGGAUUUGCAAGCCCUAAAUCCCAAUUUCUCCGGCGUGGAUUCCUUGUCAGAGCUGACUCCUACCCAGGUGGCACAGCUGACGCUGACCUCAGGGGCCUUGAAUGACACAGGGCUGGUUGACCGUGUGUUUGACCGGCUUGAGGAUGGCGACGCUGUAGACAACAUGGACAAAUUCUUCUCAGAGCUGACAGCUGACGGAAUGGUGCCCAGUUUUCAACGUCCUGCAAAAGACCGUGCAAUGGAACGGGCCUUUACCAUCCUCCAAGGCAGAUUCCCUGGCUUCCGGCGAGACGACUGGAUUAAGUGGUUUACCCUAAGACUGACUGUUGUCCUCUCAAGUCUCACGCCAGAGAUGCUGGAGAACACAACCGCACACCUAAACUGCACAAACUACCGUGUCGUUGUGCAAGGAUUGGCCAUGGUUUUCUCUGACAUACCUUCACCUACACGACCACAAAUGGCAGAUGUUUUGCUGCGCUACCUGAAGAACUCCGCCAGUGUCAUUAAUACACCAGUUUGCAGGCAAGGGAUUCUGACUGAUGCUGAAUGGGUGGAAGAAAACACCGGUCCAUUCUCUGAGUUCAUAACAUACUCUGAGCUUAAAUUCUUCAACAUCUCCGGGGUGGAGGUUGUGGACGCCCUGACAACAAGCCAACAGGCUGAGUUGAUCCUGGAUCCGGAGAGUGGCGCUUUGGAAGAUCCAACCAUUGUGAAGGCGGUGUUUGGAAAACUGGCAGCGUCUAAUGAUACCGACGACCUCAGAGCGUUUUUCCAGGCCUUCUCAGACACUGCCAAGCAGAGAAAUAUCACCUUCAUCGAAAACGCAGAAGUAAGAGGCACCAUCUUGAACUUGACCUUGACAGCGCUUGCUCCUGAACUUGCAGGCUUUGAGCCUGAAGACUGUGGCGUGUGGUGCCAGGUCUACUUGGUUCCUGUUUUGGCCAGCUUCCGCCCCAGCUUCGUGGCCCUGAUUCCAAGAAAUAUCAGCUGUGAAUCCUACACAGAAAUUGUCACCGGUCUUCGGCAAAGUGCGCAAUCCCUGCCGCUGUCUGAGACGACCGACGUGAGGGCAAGCGUGCAGUCACUGGAGGAGAAUUUCCCACGUUGCUCGAUUCCGGACUCAUUUGUGUGUAAAGACACUGCAGUGGAUGAGGCUCUCAUCUGUCCUGAGGGUGAUAGAUCGCAGCUGGAACAAAUCCUGUCUACCGGCCAGUCAUCUGGGGCCGUGUGCAACUUUACCAUCCUGGAGCAUGCCUGCUCCUCGGCUUCAAAUCUCACAGCCAGCAACCUGGCGGCACUGUUGGAAUGCUCGACAGAAAGCCCAUCGACAUACCCAGUGGAGGUCUGGAAGCUUUUAUUCCAGAAAGCUUCUUCUGUACUCGACCAGGCUCUUGAACUAUUCUCUGCCAUGGCCACCAACACCAGCAAGCCAUCCCUGUCACAGGCUCUUGAGGCUCUUGGAGAAGUGAGCAUUGACAAGUUCAACCAGACGCAACUGCAAAAUGAGACCUUUGUCGGGAGAUUCUUCCAGGGAAAGAUUCUACCGUUUUUGGCCUCUCCAUCCGCCAACUUCCUCUUCUGCCUGAGCACCAAGGAUUUCAGCUGCUCUGCCUACCGGAGAAGCAUCCAGGUGUUCAGUCAGCAAAGGCCACUCAUGGACAGAGAAGGACAGAGGGCAGUCUUCACCUAUUUCAUCCAGCCAUUCCUUUCCAGAAACGAUUCAUCAGAUCCUGGCUGCGUCUCAUUUUACCCAAGCAGUAGAGAGUGGCUGGAGGCCAACUUGGGCGGCUUCUCUGGUUUUGCCACCCUGCAGGAUUUGCAAGCCCUAAAUCCCAAUUUCUCCGGCGUGGAUUCCUUGUCAGAGCUGACUCCUACCCAGGUGGCACAGCUGACGCUGACCUCAGGGGCCUUGAAUGACACAGGGCUGGUUGACCGUGUGUUUGACCGGCUUGAGGAUGGCGACGCUGUAGACAACAUGGACAAAUUCUUCUCAGAGCUGACAGCUGACGGAAUGGUGCCCAGUUUUCAACGUCCUGCAAAAGACCGUGCAAUGGAACGGGCCUUUACCAUCCUCCAAGGCAGAUUCCCUGGCUUCCGGCGAGACGACUGGAUUAAGUGGUUUACCCUAAGACUGACUGUUGUCCUCUCAAGUCUCACGCCAGAGAUGCUGGAGAACACAACCGCACACCUAAACUGCACAAACUACCGUGUCGUUGUGCAAGGAUUGGCCAUGGUUUUCUCUGACAUACCUUCACCUACACGACCACAAAUGGCAGAUGUUUUGCUGCGCUACCUGAAGAACUCCGCCAGUGUCAUUAAUACACCAGUUUGCAGGCAAGGGAUUCUGAGUGAUGCUGAAUGGGUGGAAGAAAACACCGGUCCAUUCUCUGAGUUCAUAACAUACUCUGAGCUUAAAUUCUUCAACAUCUCCGGGGUGGAGGUUGUGGACGCCCUGACAACAAGCCAACAGGCUGAGUUGAUCCUGGAUCCGGAGAGUGGCGCUUUGGAAGAUCCAACCAUUGUGAAGGCGGUGUUUGGAAAACUGGCAGCGUCUAAUGAUACCGACGACCUCAGAGCGUUUUUCCAGGCCUUCUCAGACACUGCCAAGCAGAGAAAUAUCACCUUCAUCGAAAACGCAGAAGUAAGAGGCACCAUCUUGAACUUGACCUUGACAGCGCUUGCUCCUGAACUUGCAGGCUUUGAGCCUGAAGACUGGGGCGUGUGGUGCCAGGUCUACUUGGUUCCUGUUUUGGCCAGCUUCCGCCCCAGCUUCGUGGCCCUGAUUCCAAGAAAUAUCAGCUGUGAAUCCUACACAGAAAUUGUCACCGGUCUUCGGCAAAGUGCGCAAUCCCUGCCGCUGUCUGAGACGACCGACGUGAGGGCAAGCGUGCAGUCACUGGAGGAGAAUUUCCCACGUUGCUCGAUUCCGGACUCAUUUGUGUGUAAAGACACUGCAGUGGAUGAGGCUCUCAUCUGUCCUGAGGGUGAUAGAUCGCAGCUGGAACAAAUCCUGUCUACCGGCCAGUCAUCUGGGGCCGUGUGCAACUUUACCAUCCUGGAGCAUGCCUGCUCCUCGGCUUCAAAUCUCACAGCCAGCAACCUGGCGGCACUGUUGGAAUGCUCGACAGAAAGCCCAUCGACAUACCCAGUGGAGGUCUGGAAGCUUUUAUUCCAGAAAGCUUCUUCUGUACUCGACCAGGCUCUUGAACUAUUCUCUGCCAUGGCCACCAACACCAGCAAGCCAUCCCUGUCACAGGCUCUUGAGGCUCUUGGAGAAGUGAGCAUUGACAAGUUCAACCAGACGCAACUGCAAAAUGAGACCUUUGUCGGGAGAUUCUUCCAGGGAAAGAUUCUACCGUUUUUGGCCUCUCCAUCCGCCAACUUCCUCUUCUGCCUGAGCACCAAGGAUUUCAGCUGCUCUGCCUACCGGAGAAGCAUCCAGGUGUUCAGUCAGCAAAGGCCACUCAUGGACAGAGAAGGACAGAGGGCAGUCUUCACCUAUUUCAUCCAGCCAUUCCUUUCCAGAAACGAUUCAUCAGAUCCUGGCUGCGUCUCAUUUUACCCAAGCAGUAGAGAGUGGCUGGAGGCCAACUUGGGCGGCUUCUCUGGUUUUGCCACCCUGCAGGAUUUGCAAGCCCUAAAUCCCAAUUUCUCCGGCGUGGAUUCCUUGUCAGAGCUGACUCCUACCCAGGUGGCACAGCUGACGCUGACCUCAGGGGCCUUGAAUGACACAGGGCUGGUUGACCGUGUGUUUGACCGGCUUGAGGAUGGCGACGCUGUAGACAACAUGGACAAAUUCUUCUCAGAGCUGACAGCUGACGGAAUGGUGCCCAGUUUUCAACGUCCUGCAAAAGACCGUGCAAUGGAACGGGCCUUUACCAUCCUCCAAGGCAGAUUCCCUGGCUUCCGGCGAGACGACUGGAUUAAGUGGUUUACCCUAAGACUGACUGUUGUCCUCUCAAGUCUCACGCCAGAGAUGCUGGAGAACACAACCGCACACCUAAACUGCACAAACUACCGUGUCGUUGUGCAAGGAUUGGCCAUGGUUUUCUCUGACAUACCUUCACCUACACGACCACAAAUGGCAGAUGUUUUGCUGCGCUACCUGAAGAACUCCGCCAGUGUCAUUAAUACACCAGUUUGCAGGCAAGGGAUUCUGAGUGAUGCUGAAUGGGUGGAAGAAAACACCGGUCCAUUCUCUGAGUUCAUAACAUACUCUGAGCUUAAAUUCUUCAACAUCUCCGGGGUGGAGGUUGUGGACGCCCUGACAACAAGCCAACAGGCUGAGUUGAUCCUGGAUCCGGAGAGUGGCGCUUUGGAAGAUCCAACCAUUGUGAAGGCGGUGUUUGGAAAACUGGCAGCGUCUAAUGAUACCGACGACCUCAGAGCGUUUUUCCAGGCCUUCUCAGACACUGCCAAGCAGAGAAAUAUCACCUUCAUCGAAAACGCAGAAGUAAGAGGCACCAUCUUGAACUUGACCUUGACAGCGCUUGCUCCUGAACUUGCAGGCUUUGAGCCUGAAGACUGGGGCGUGUGGUGCCAGGUCUACUUGGUUCCUGUUUUGGCCAGCUUCCGCCCCAGCUUCGUGGCCCUGAUUCCAAGAAAUAUCAGCUGUGAAUCCUACACAGAAAUUGUCACCGGUCUUCGGCAAAGUGCGCAAUCCCUGCCGCUGUCUGAGACGACCGACGUGAGGGCAAGCGUGCAGUCACUGGAGGAGAAUUUCCCACGUUGCUCGAUUCCGGACUCAUUUGUGUGUAAAGACACUGCAGUGGAUGAGGCUCUCAUCUGUCCUGAGGGUGAUAGAUCGCAGCUGGAACAAAUCCUGUCUACCGGCCAGUCAUCUGGGGCCGUGUGCAACUUUACCAUCCUGGAGCAUGCCUGCUCCUCGGCUUCAAAUCUCACAGCCAGCAACCUGGCGGCACUGUUGGAAUGCUCGACAGAAAGCCCAUCGACAUACCCAGUGGAGGUCUGGAAGCUUUUAUUCCAGAAAGCUUCUUCUGUACUCGACCAGGCUCUUGAACUAUUCUCUGCCAUGGCCACCAACACCAGCAAGCCAUCCCUGUCACAGGCUCUUGAGGCUCUUGGAGAAGUGAGCAUUGACAAGUUCAACCAGACGCAACUGCAAAAUGAGACCUUUGUCGGGAGAUUCUUCCAGGGAAAGAUUCUACCGUUUUUGGCCUCUCCAUCCGCCAACUUCCUCUUCUGCCUGAGCACCAAGGAUUUCAGCUGCUCUGCCUACCGGAGAAGCAUCCAGGUGUUCAGUCAGCAAAGGCCACUCAUGGACAGAGAAGGACAGAGGGCAGUCUUCACCUAUUUCAUCCAGCCAUUCCUUUCCAGAAACGAUUCAUCAGAUCCUGGCUGCGUCUCAUUUUACCCAAGCAGUAGAGAGUGGCUGGAGGCCAACUUGGGCGGCUUCUCUGGUUUUGCCACCCUGCAGGAUUUGCAAGCCCUAAAUCCCAAUUUCUCCGGCGUGGAUUCCUUGUCAGAGCUGACUCCUACCCAGGUGGCACAGCUGACGCUGACCUCAGGGGCCUUGAAUGACACAGGGCUGGUUGACCGUGUGUUUGACCGGCUUGAGGAUGGCGACGCUGUAGACAACAUGGACAAAUUCUUCUCAGAGCUGACAGCUGACGGAAUGGUGCCCAGUUUUCAACGUCCUGCAAAAGACCGUGCAAUGGAACGGGCCUUUACCAUCCUCCAAGGCAGAUUCCCUGGCUUCCGGCGAGACGACUGGAUUAAGUGGUUUACCCUAAGACUGACUGUUGUCCUCUCAAGUCUCACGCCAGAGAUGCUGGAGAACACAACCGCACACCUAAACUGCACAAACUACCGUGUCGUUGUGCAAGGAUUGGCCAUGGUUUUCUCUGACAUACCUUCACCUACACGACCACAAAUGGCAGAUGUUUUGCUGCGCUACCUGAAGAACUCCGCCAGUGUCAUUAAUACACCAGUUUGCAGGCAAGGGAUUCUGACUGAUGCUGAAUGGGUGGAAGAAAACACCGGUCCAUUCUCUGAGUUCAUAACAUACUCUGAGCUUAAAUUCUUCAACAUCUCCGGGGUGGAGGUUGUGGACGCCCUGACAACAAGCCAACAGGCUGAGUUGAUCCUGGAUCCGGAGAGUGGCGCUUUGGAAGAUCCAACCAUUGUGAAGGCGGUGUUUGGAAAACUGGCAGCGUCUAAUGAUACCGACGACCUCAGAGCGUUUUUCCAGGCCUUCUCAGACACUGCCAAGCAGAGAAAUAUCACCUUCAUCGAAAACGCAGAAGUAAGAGGCACCAUCUUGAACUUGACCUUGACAGCGCUUGCUCCUGAACUUGCAGGCUUUGAGCCUGAAGACUGGGGCGUGUGGUGCCAGGUCUACUUGGUUCCUGUUUUGGCCAGCUUCCGCCCCAGCUUCGUGGCCCUGAUUCCAAGAAAUAUCAGCUGUGAAUCCUACACAGAAAUUGUCACCGGUCUUCGGCAAAGUGCGCAAUCCCUGCCGCUGUCUGAGACGACCGACGUGAGGGCAAGCGUGCAGUCACUGGAGGAGAAUUUCCCACGUUGCUCGAUUCCGGACUCAUUUGUGUGUAAAGACACUGCAGUGGAUGAGGCUCUCAUCUGUCCUGAGGGUGAUAGAUCGCAGCUGGAACAAAUCCUGUCUACCGGCCAGUCAUCUGGGGCCGUGUGCAACUUUACCAUCCUGGAGCAUGCCUGCUCCUCGGCUUCAAAUCUCACAGCCAGCAACCUGGCGGCACUGUUGGAAUGCUCGACAGAAAGCCCAUCGACAUACCCAGUGGAGGUCUGGAAGCUUUUAUUCCAGAAAGCUUCUUCUGUACUCGACCAGGCUCUUGAACUAUUCUCUGCCAUGGCCACCAACACCAGCAAGCCAUCCCUGUCACAGGCUCUUGAGGCUCUUGGAGAAGUGAGCAUUGACAAGUUCAACCAGACGCAACUGCAAAAUGAGACCUUUGUCGGGAGAUUCUUCCAGGGAAAGAUUCUACCGUUUUUGGCCUCUCCAUCCGCCAACUUCCUCUUCUGCCUGAGCACCAAGGAUUUCAGCUGCUCUGCCUACCGGAGAAGCAUCCAGGUGUUCAGUCAGCAAAGGCCACUCAUGGACAGAGAAGGACAGAGGGCAGUCUUCACCUAUUUCAUCCAGCCAUUCCUUUCCAGAAACGAUUCAUCAGAUCCUGGCUGCGUCUCAUUUUACCCAAGCAGUAGAGAGUGGCUGGAGGCCAACUUGGGCGGCUUCUCUGGUUUUGCCACCCUGCAGGAUUUGCAAGCCCUAAAUCCCAAUUUCUCCGGCGUGGAUUCCUUGUCAGAGCUGACUCCUACCCAGGUGGCACAGCUGACGCUGACCUCAGGGGCCUUGAAUGACACAGGGCUGGUUGACCGUGUGUUUGACCGGCUUGAGGAUGGCGACGCUGUAGACAACAUGGACAAAUUCUUCUCAGAGCUGACAGCUGACGGAAUGGUGCCCAGUUUUCAACGUCCUGCAAAAGACCGUGCAAUGGAACGGGCCUUUACCAUCCUCCAAGGCAGAUUCCCUGGCUUCCGGCGAGACGACUGGAUUAAGUGGUUUACCCUAAGACUGACUGUUGUCCUCUCAAGUCUCACGCCAGAGAUGCUGGAGAACACAACCGCACACCUAAACUGCACAAACUACCGUGUCGUUGUGCAAGGAUUGGCCAUGGUUUUCUCUGACAUACCUUCACCUACACGACCACAAAUGGCAGAUGUUUUGCUGCGCUACCUGAAGAACUCCGCCAGUGUCAUUAAUACACCAGUUUGCAGGCAAGGGAUUCUGAGUGAUGCUGAAUGGGUGGAAGAAAACACCGGUCCAUUCUCUGAGUUCAUAACAUACUCUGAGCUUAAAUUCUUCAACAUCUCCGGGGUGGAGGUUGUGGACGCCCUGACAACAAGCCAACAGGCUGAGUUGAUCCUGGAUCCGGAGAGUGGCGCUUUGGAAGAUCCAACCAUUGUGAAGGCGGUGUUUGGAAAACUGGCAGCGUCUAAUGAUACCGACGACCUCAGAGCGUUUUUCCAGGCCUUCUCAGACACUGCCAAGCAGAGAAAUAUCACCUUCAUCGAAAACGCAGAAGUAAGAGGCACCAUCUUGAACUUGACCUUGACAGCGCUUGCUCCUGAACUUGCAGGCUUUGAGCCUGAAGACUGGGGCGUGUGGUGCCAGGUCUACUUGGUUCCUGUUUUGGCCAGCUUCCGCCCCAGCUUCGUGGCCCUGAUUCCAAGAAAUAUCAGCUGUGAAUCCUACACAGAAAUUGUCACCGGUCUUCGGCAAAGUGCGCAAUCCCUGCCGCUGUCUGAGACGACCGACGUGAGGGCAAGCGUGCAGUCACUGGAGGAGAAUUUCCCACGUUGCUCGAUUCCGGACUCAUUUGUGUGUAAAGACACUGCAGUGGAUGAGGCUCUCAUCUGUCCUGAGGGUGAUAGAUCGCAGCUGGAACAAAUCCUGUCUACCGGCCAGUCAUCUGGGGCCGUGUGCAACUUUACCAUCCUGGAGCAUGCCUGCUCCUCGGCUUCAAAUCUCACAGCCAGCAACCUGGCGGCACUGUUGGAAUGCUCGACAGAAAGCCCAUCGACAUACCCAGUGGAGGUCUGGAAGCUUUUAUUCCAGAAAGCUUCUUCUGUACUCGACCAGGCUCUUGAACUAUUCUCUGCCAUGGCCACCAACACCAGCAAGCCAUCCCUGUCACAGGCUCUUGAGGCUCUUGGAGAAGUGAGCAUUGACAAGUUCAACCAGACGCAACUGCAAAAUGAGACCUUUGUCGGGAGAUUCUUCCAGGGAAAGAUUCUACCGUUUUUGGCCUCUCCAUCCGCCAACUUCCUCUUCUGCCUGAGCACCAAGGAUUUCAGCUGCUCUGCCUACCGGAGAAGCAUCCAGGUGUUCAGUCAGCAAAGGCCACUCAUGGACAGAGAAGGACAGAGGGCAGUCUUCACCUAUUUCAUCCAGCCAUUCCUUUCCAGAAACGAUUCAUCAGAUCCUGGCUGCGUCUCAUUUUACCCAAGCAGUAGAGAGUGGCUGGAGGCCAACUUGGGCGGCUUCUCUGGUUUUGCCACCCUGCAGGAUUUGCAAGCCCUAAAUCCCAAUUUCUCCGGCGUGGAUUCCUUGUCAGAGCUGACUCCUACCCAGGUGGCACAGCUGACGCUGACCUCAGGGGCCUUGAAUGACACAGGGCUGGUUGACCGUGUGUUUGACCGGCUUGAGGAUGGCGACGCUGUAGACAACAUGGACAAAUUCUUCUCAGAGCUGACAGCUGACGGAAUGGUGCCCAGUUUUCAACGUCCUGCAAAAGACCGUGCAAUGGAACGGGCCUUUACCAUCCUCCAAGGCAGAUUCCCUGGCUUCCGGCGAGACGACUGGAUUAAGUGGUUUACCCUAAGACUGACUGUUGUCCUCUCAAGUCUCACGCCAGAGAUGCUGGAGAACACAACCGCACACCUAAACUGCACAAACUACCGUGUCGUUGUGCAAGGAUUGGCCAUGGUUUUCUCUGACAUACCUUCACCUACACGACCACAAAUGGCAGAUGUUUUGCUGCGCUACCUGAAGAACUCCGCCAGUGUCAUUAAUACACCAGUUUGCAGGCAAGGGAUUCUGAGUGAUGCUGAAUGGGUGGAAGAAAACACCGGUCCAUUCUCUGAGUUCAUAACAUACUCUGAGCUUAAAUUCUUCAACAUCUCCGGGGUGGAGGUUGUGGACGCCCUGACAACAAGCCAACAGGCUGAGUUGAUCCUGGAUCCGGAGAGUGGCGCUUUGGAAGAUCCAACCAUUGUGAAGGCGGUGUUUGGAAAACUGGCAGCGUCUAAUGAUACCGACGACCUCAGAGCGUUUUUCCAGGCCUUCUCAGACACUGCCAAGCAGAGAAAUAUCACCUUCAUCGAAAACGCAGAAGUAAGAGGCACCAUCUUGAACUUGACCUUGACAGCGCUUGCUCCUGAACUUGCAGGCUUUGAGCCUGAAGACUGGGGCGUGUGGUGCCAGGUCUACUUGGUUCCUGUUUUGGCCAGCUUCCGCCCCAGCUUCGUGGCCCUGAUUCCAAGAAAUAUCAGCUGUGAAUCCUACACAGAAAUUGUCACCGGUCUUCGGCAAAGUGCGCAAUCCCUGCCGCUGUCUGAGACGACCGACGUGAGGGCAAGCGUGCAGUCACUGGAGGAGAAUUUCCCACGUUGCUCGAUUCCGGACUCAUUUGUGUGUAAAGACACUGCAGUGGAUGAGGCUCUCAUCUGUCCUGAGGGUGAUAGAUCGCAGCUGGAACAAAUCCUGUCUACCGGCCAGUCAUCUGGGGCCGUGUGCAACUUUACCAUCCUGGAGCAUGCCUGCUCCUCGGCUUCAAAUCUCACAGCCAGCAACCUGGCGGCACUGUUGGAAUGCUCGACAGAAAGCCCAUCGACAUACCCAGUGGAGGUCUGGAAGCUUUUAUUCCAGAAAGCUUCUUCUGUACUCGACCAGGCUCUUGAACUAUUCUCUGCCAUGGCCACCAACACCAGCAAGCCAUCCCUGUCACAGGCUCUUGAGGCUCUUGGAGAAGUGAGCAUUGACAAGUUCAACCAGACGCAACUGCAAAAUGAGACCUUUGUCGGGAGAUUCUUCCAGGGAAAGAUUCUACCGUUUUUGGCCUCUCCAUCCGCCAACUUCCUCUUCUGCCUGAGCACCAAGGAUUUCAGCUGCUCUGCCUACCGGAGAAGCAUCCAGGUGUUCAGUCAGCAAAGGCCACUCAUGGACAGAGAAGGACAGAGGGCAGUCUUCACCUAUUUCAUCCAGCCAUUCCUUUCCAGAAACGAUUCAUCAGAUCCUGGCUGCGUCUCAUUUUACCCAAGCAGUAGAGAGUGGCUGGAGGCCAACUUGGGCGGCUUCUCUGGUUUUGCCACCCUGCAGGAUUUGCAAGCCCUAAAUCCCAAUUUCUCCGGCGUGGAUUCCUUGUCAGAGCUGACUCCUACCCAGGUGGCACAGCUGACGCUGACCUCAGGGGCCUUGAAUGACACAGGGCUGGUUGACCGUGUGUUUGACCGGCUUGAGGAUGGCGACGCUGUAGACAACAUGGACAAAUUCUUCUCAGAGCUGACAGCUGACGGAAUGGUGCCCAGUUUUCAACGUCCUGCAAAAGACCGUGCAAUGGAACGGGCCUUUACCAUCCUCCAAGGCAGAUUCCCUGGCUUCCGGCGAGACGACUGGAUUAAGUGGUUUACCCUAAGACUGACUGUUGUCCUCUCAAGUCUCACGCCAGAGAUGCUGGAGAACACAACCGCACACCUAAACUGCACAAACUACCGUGUCGUUGUGCAAGGAUUGGCCAUGGUUUUCUCUGACAUACCUUCACCUACACGACCACAAAUGGCAGAUGUUUUGCUGCGCUACCUGAAGAACUCCGCCAGUGUCAUUAAUACACCAGUUUGCAGGCAAGGGAUUCUGAGUGAUGCUGAAUGGGUGGAAGAAAACACCGGUCCAUUCUCUGAGUUCAUAACAUACUCUGAGCUUAAAUUCUUCAACAUCUCCGGGGUGGAGGUUGUGGACGCCCUGACAACAAGCCAACAGGCUGAGUUGAUCCUGGAUCCGGAGAGUGGCGCUUUGGAAGAUCCAACCAUUGUGAAGGCGGUGUUUGGAAAACUGGCAGCGUCUAAUGAUACCGACGACCUCAGAGCGUUUUUCCAGGCCUUCUCAGACACUGCCAAGCAGAGAAAUAUCACCUUCAUCGAAAACGCAGAAGUAAGAGGCACCAUCUUGAACUUGACCUUGACAGCGCUUGCUCCUGAACUUGCAGGCUUUGAGCCUGAAGACUGGGGCGUGUGGUGCCAGGUCUACUUGGUUCCUGUUUUGGCCAGCUUCCGCCCCAGCUUCGUGGCCCUGAUUCCAAGAAAUAUCAGCUGUGAAUCCUACACAGAAAUUGUCACCGGUCUUCGGCAAAGUGCGCAAUCCCUGCCGCUGUCUGAGACGACCGACGUGAGGGCAAGCGUGCAGUCACUGGAGGAGAAUUUCCCACGUUGCUCGAUUCCGGACUCAUUUGUGUGUAAAGACACUGCAGUGGAUGAGGCUCUCAUCUGUCCUGAGGGUGAUAGAUCGCAGCUGGAACAAAUCCUGUCUACCGGCCAGUCAUCUGGGGCCGUGUGCAACUUUACCAUCCUGGAGCAUGCCUGCUCCUCGGCUUCAAAUCUCACAGCCAGCAACCUGGCGGCACUGUUGGAAUGCUCGACAGAAAGCCCAUCGACAUACCCAGUGGAGGUCUGGAAGCUUUUAUUCCAGAAAGCUUCUUCUGUACUCGACCAGGCUCUUGAACUAUUCUCUGCCAUGGCCACCAACACCAGCAAGCCAUCCCUGUCACAGGCUCUUGAGGCUCUUGGAGAAGUGAGCAUUGACAAGUUCAACCAGACGCAACUGCAAAAUGAGACCUUUGUCGGGAGAUUCUUCCAGGGAAAGAUUCUACCGUUUUUGGCCUCUCCAUCCGCCAACUUCCUCUUCUGCCUGAGCACCAAGGAUUUCAGCUGCUCUGCCUACCGGAGAAGCAUCCAGGUGUUCAGUCAGCAAAGGCCACUCAUGGACAGAGAAGGACAGAGGGCAGUCUUCACCUAUUUCAUCCAGCCAUUCCUUUCCAGAAACGAUUCAUCAGAUCCUGGCUGCGUCUCAUUUUACCCAAGCAGUAGAGAGUGGCUGGAGGCCAACUUGGGCGGCUUCUCUGGUUUUGCCACCCUGCAGGAUUUGCAAGCCCUAAAUCCCAAUUUCUCCGGCGUGGAUUCCUUGUCAGAGCUGACUCCUACCCAGGUGGCACAGCUGACGCUGACCUCAGGGGCCUUGAAUGACACAGGGCUGGUUGACCGUGUGUUUGACCGGCUUGAGGAUGGCGACGCUGUAGACAACAUGGACAAAUUCUUCUCAGAGCUGACAGCUGACGGAAUGGUGCCCAGUUUUCAACGUCCUGCAAAAGACCGUGCAAUGGAACGGGCCUUUACCAUCCUCCAAGGCAGAUUCCCUGGCUUCCGGCGAGACGACUGGAUUAAGUGGUUUACCCUAAGACUGACUGUUGUCCUCUCAAGUCUCACGCCAGAGAUGCUGGAGAACACAACCGCACACCUAAACUGCACAAACUACCGUGUCGUUGUGCAAGGAUUGGCCAUGGUUUUCUCUGACAUACCUUCACCUACACGACCACAAAUGGCAGAUGUUUUGCUGCGCUACCUGAAGAACUCCGCCAGUGUCAUUAAUACACCAGUUUGCAGGCAAGGGAUUCUGAGUGAUGCUGAAUGGGUGGAAGAAAACACCGGUCCAUUCUCUGAGUUCAUAACAUACUCUGAGCUUAAAUUCUUCAACAUCUCCGGGGUGGAGGUUGUGGACGCCCUGACAACAAGCCAACAGGCUGAGUUGAUCCUGGAUCCGGAGAGUGGCGCUUUGGAAGAUCCAACCAUUGUGAAGGCGGUGUUUGGAAAACUGGCAGCGUCUAAUGAUACCGACGACCUCAGAGCGUUUUUCCAGGCCUUCUCAGACACUGCCAAGCAGAGAAAUAUCACCUUCAUCGAAAACGCAGAAGUAAGAGGCACCAUCUUGAACUUGACCUUGACAGCGCUUGCUCCUGAACUUGCAGGCUUUGAGCCUGAAGACUGGGGCGUGUGGUGCCAGGUCUACUUGGUUCCUGUUUUGGCCAGCUUCCGCCCCAGCUUCGUGGCCCUGAUUCCAAGAAAUAUCAGCUGUGAAUCCUACACAGAAAUUGUCACCGGUCUUCGGCAAAGUGCGCAAUCCCUGCCGCUGUCUGAGACGACCGACGUGAGGGCAAGCGUGCAGUCACUGGAGGAGAAUUUCCCACGUUGCUCGAUUCCGGACUCAUUUGUGUGUAAAGACACUGCAGUGGAUGAGGCUCUCAUCUGUCCUGAGGGUGAUAGAUCGCAGCUGGAACAAAUCCUGUCUACCGGCCAGUCAUCUGGGGCCGUGUGCAACUUUACCAUCCUGGAGCAUGCCUGCUCCUCGGCUUCAAAUCUCACAGCCAGCAACCUGGCGGCACUGUUGGAAUGCUCGACAGAAAGCCCAUCGACAUACCCAGUGGAGGUCUGGAAGCUUUUAUUCCAGAAAGCUUCUUCUGUACUCGACCAGGCUCUUGAACUAUUCUCUGCCAUGGCCACCAACACCAGCAAGCCAUCCCUGUCACAGGCUCUUGAGGCUCUUGGAGAAGUGAGCAUUGACAAGUUCAACCAGACGCAACUGCAAAAUGAGACCUUUGUCGGGAGAUUCUUCCAGGGAAAGAUUCUACCGUUUUUGGCCUCUCCAUCCGCCAACUUCCUCUUCUGCCUGAGCACCAAGGAUUUCAGCUGCUCUGCCUACCGGAGAAGCAUCCAGGUGUUCAGUCAGCAAAGGCCACUCAUGGACAGAGAAGGACAGAGGGCAGUCUUCACCUAUUUCAUCCAGCCAUUCCUUUCCAGAAACGAUUCAUCAGAUCCUGGCUGCGUCUCAUUUUACCCAAGCAGUAGAGAGUGGCUGGAGGCCAACUUGGGCGGCUUCUCUGGUUUUGCCACCCUGCAGGAUUUGCAAGCCCUAAAUCCCAAUUUCUCCGGCGUGGAUUCCUUGUCAGAGCUGACUCCUACCCAGGUGGCACAGCUGACGCUGACCUCAGGGGCCUUGAAUGACACAGGGCUGGUUGACCGUGUGUUUGACCGGCUUGAGGAUGGCGACGCUGUAGACAACAUGGACAAAUUCUUCUCAGAGCUGACAGCUGACGGAAUGGUGCCCAGUUUUCAACGUCCUGCAAAAGACCGUGCAAUGGAACGGGCCUUUACCAUCCUCCAAGGCAGAUUCCCUGGCUUCCGGCGAGACGACUGGAUUAAGUGGUUUACCCUAAGACUGACUGUUGUCCUCUCAAGUCUCACGCCAGAGAUGCUGGAGAACACAACCGCACACCUAAACUGCACAAACUACCGUGUCGUUGUGCAAGGAUUGGCCAUGGUUUUCUCUGACAUACCUUCACCUACACGACCACAAAUGGCAGAUGUUUUGCUGCGCUACCUGAAGAACUCCGCCAGUGUCAUUAAUACACCAGUUUGCAGGCAAGGGAUUCUGACUGAUGCUGAAUGGGUGGAAGAAAACACCGGUCCAUUCUCUGAGUUCAUAACAUACUCUGAGCUUAAAUUCUUCAACAUCUCCGGGGUGGAGGUUGUGGACGCCCUGACAACAAGCCAACAGGCUGAGUUGAUCCUGGAUCCGGAGAGUGGCGCUUUGGAAGAUCCAACCAUUGUGAAGGCGGUGUUUGGAAAACUGGCAGCGUCUAAUGAUACCGACGACCUCAGAGCGUUUUUCCAGGCCUUCUCAGACACUGCCAAGCAGAGAAAUAUCACCUUCAUCGAAAACGCAGAAGUAAGAGGCACCAUCUUGAAUAUGACCUUGACAGCGCUUGCUCCUGAACUUGCAGGCUUUGAGCCUGAAGACUGGGGCGUGUGGUGCCAGGUCUACUUGGUUCCUGUUUUGGCCAGCUUCCGCCCCAGCUUCGUGGCCCUGAUUCCAAGAAAUAUCAGCUGUGAAUCCUACACAGAAAUUGUCACCGGUCUUCGGCAAAGUGCGCAAUCCCUGCCGCUGUCUGAGACGACCGACGUGAGGGCAAGCGUGCAGUCACUGGAGGAGAAUUUCCCACGUUGCUCGAUUCCGGACUCAUUUGUGUGUAAAGACACUGCAGUGGAUGAGGCUCUCAUCUGUCCUGAGGGUGAUAGAUCGCAGCUGGAACAAAUCCUGUCUACCGGCCAGUCAUCUGGGGCCGUGUGCAACUUUACCAUCCUGGAGCAUGCCUGCUCCUCGGCUUCAAAUCUCACAGCCAGCAACCUGGCGGCACUGUUGGAAUGCUCGACAGAAAGCCCAUCGACAUACCCAGUGGAGGUCUGGAAGCUUUUAUUCCAGAAAGCUUCUUCUGUACUCGACCAGGCUCUUGAACUAUUCUCUGCCAUGGCCACCAACACCAGCAAGCCAUCCCUGUCACAGGCUCUUGAGGCUCUUGGAGAAGUGAGCAUUGACAAGUUCAACCAGACGCAACUGCAAAAUGAGACCUUUGUCGGGAGAUUCUUCCAGGGAAAGAUUCUACCGUUUUUGGCCUCUCCAUCCGCCAACUUCCUCUUCUGCCUGAGCACCAAGGAUUUCAGCUGCUCUGCCUACCGGAGAAGCAUCCAGGUGUUCAGUCAGCAAAGGCCACUCAUGGACAGAGAAGGACAGAGGGCAGUCUUCACCUAUUUCAUCCAGCCAUUCCUUUCCAGAAACGAUUCAUCAGAUCCUGGCUGCGUCUCAUUUUACCCAAGCAGUAGAGAGUGGCUGGAGGCCAACUUGGGCGGCUUCUCUGGUUUUGCCACCCUGCAGGAUUUGCAAGCCCUAAAUCCCAAUUUCUCCGGCGUGGAUUCCUUGUCAGAGCUGACUCCUACCCAGGUGGCACAGCUGACGCUGACCUCAGGGGCCUUGAAUGACACAGGGCUGGUUGACCGUGUGUUUGACCGGCUUGAGGAUGGCGACGCUGUAGACAACAUGGACAAAUUCUUCUCAGAGCUGACAGCUGACGGAAUGGUGCCCAGUUUUCAACGUCCUGCAAAAGACCGUGCAAUGGAACGGGCCUUUACCAUCCUCCAAGGCAGAUUCCCUGGCUUCCGGCGAGACGACUGGAUUAAGUGGUUUACCCUAAGACUGACUGUUGUCCUCUCAAGUCUCACGCCAGAGAUGCUGGAGAACACAACCGCACACCUAAACUGCACAAACUACCGUGUCGUUGUGCAAGGAUUGGCCAUGGUUUUCUCUGACAUACCUUCACCUACACGACCACAAAUGGCAGAUGUUUUGCUGCGCUACCUGAAGAACUCCGCCAGUGUCAUUAAUACACCAGUUUGUAGGCAAGGGAUUCUGAGUGAUGAUGAAUGGGUGGAUGAAAAUUUUGGUCCGUUUUCUGAGUACAUAAGCUACUCUGAGUUUAGAUUCUUCAAUCUGUCUGAGGUGGCAGUAGUUGACCUUUCUGCCCGACAACAGGCUGAAUUUCUUCUUGAAUCAACCAACCUGUCAAAUGAAACCCUUGUGAGGCUUAUUUUCACAGAUCUCACUUCAUCAUCUGAUAUUGAGCAUCUUGCAUCGUUCUUUGGCGAAUUUGUUAAUGGUGCAGCCAAUCAAAACCUGACAACCAUUGAACCAAGAAUCAGAGACACUAUUUUCAAUCUGACGCUAAUGGCACUUGGCCCCAAACUCCACAUGCUGAAUGCUGAGGGAUUCAGAUUGUGGUUCCAGGUCUACCUACCUUUGUUCCUCCCCAGCAUUAACUCAAGAACAUUUGAAAUUAUCCCAAGAAAUAUCACUUGUGACUCCUAUCAAGAAAUCGUACAAGGGUGCAACAACGUUUUUAUCCACCUCACCAUGAGGCAAACCCAAUACGUUUUUUCAUUUGCAAAAGACUAUCUGAGGAGACAUUCUUCUUCAGGUUUCUCAUGUGUUGGAUCUAUAAAUGAUGACAGACAAUGGGUGGAAAAGAACUUUGGCCAAUUCAGUGUACUUUCCACCUACAUGGAUUUUGUAACCUUGAAGAACAAUUUCAAUGGAGUGCAGGUUGCAGAUCUUCUCACUCCCAUUCAGCUGAGUGAGCUAGCAGCAACUCCCUCACAGCUCAGGACAAAGCAAGAUGUGACAAAAGUCAUGAGUUUCAUCAGCUCUGAUGAAUUGGCUGCUUUCUUUGAUGUGGUUUCACCGGCCGUUGAGAUUCACCAAGCCAACUACACAGAAGAGGUGAAAUCUGCCUUCCUCCAAGCAAUAUUCGAUAGAGGAAUUCUGUCCUCUCCAGGCAUUAAUGACACUGAGUUCCUGCUGUGGCUCACGGUGCGACUCAGGCCCUUCCUGGUCAAUCUCCCUCCCAGUUUUGUGACGCCUUUGUUUGACAUCGGGACCAACAGGAGCUGUGAUAACAGCCAAGAGAUGUUCACAUUACUGGACACAAUACACCUGACACUGAGUAACACCACCCAAAAGGAGAUCUUCCAUAGCACCAUUCUUUUCCUCCAAGGUCUGACACCCCUCAGGUGUUACGAAGGUGGAAGUUUCUAUGUCUAUCUGAGAAGAACUUUCCUCAGCUUUGGCUUCCCAGACCUGUCCAUGUUAAUGUCUCUACUGCCAGAGACGCGCAAGGCCGAGCUCCUAAGUACAAUUACCACGUCAGAGUUACAACAAUUCCUCAGUCAACCCAAUGUGAUCGGUAAUGACCCUGACAUCUGCGUCCUCUACAACAACUACAACAACUCUCUCGCCUUCCUGGAAUUUGAGGAUGUUCCAGACGAUGUGAGGAUGGUGACCCUUCCCUGUUUUUGGCCUUUGGCACUGAGCAGCAACAGCAGAUCUGAGGCUGAUUUGUGGUUUAACAGACGGUUAAGAAACUACCUAAAUUUCGUGAGCAAGAGCCUCAUUAGCUCCACAGAAGUGCAGAAUGCAUCUUGCCUUGGCUUCCAGAAACUGGUGUCUGUAAUGGGAAGUAACUUCACAUACAACAGCUCUAACUUUGGACGAGAUGAUGUCUACGUCACCAUCAGGACCUACUUAAGCACUGGCUCUCAAGUCAGAUGUUUCAAUGCCAGCGAUCCAGAGCUAAACUCCACUGCCUGGUUCGUCAACAACAUCGGCAACUUUGUAACAUUUAUCACUCUGGAUGAUCUCACUACCUUCCUCUCCACUAGUGAAACGAACGUGUUCUUGGAGAACCAAGCCAACCUUGAGCUCUUUAACAACGUGGCACUACCAACAAAUGUGACAGAGUACUACAUCACACAGCUUUUUGCAUUCAAUCCUACCUUCAACCCUUCAUUGCUUCCAGGGUUUUUCCUGUGCUCUUCUGAGGUCCCAGAUUCAGCAUAUUCUGCUGUGGAUGAAGCUGAUACGAUACUCAUCUUAAGUGAACUAGAGAAAUUCUGCAAUGGAACAGAAGAUCCAGUGGUGACUGCUGCACUGGCAUCCAACUUUAAGACCAUCACAGCACAGACGUUUGAAGCCCUCGGCAAAUCUAGUUCUGGUCUGACCAGUAGUCAGAUCACAUCAGUGUCCCCGUCAGUGCUGAUUUCUUCUUUGUCCACCUUGAGCUCAGUCAGCACCUGGAACCAGGAGCAAGCAAUCACAAUUAUUGAAAGCAUCACCGCCUCGGGAUUUCAGAUCAAAACUGGAUCGUCUCUGGAAUCUCUUGGUACCCUCAUUGCUGGAGUUCCUUCACGGACAAUAGAAAGCAUCUCAUCUGCUGAACUACUGAGCGUCUCCCAGACACCCACAUUUGUUUCCAACAUGCUGACAGCCCCAACAGUUGUCCAACAGACCUAUGUCCAAAAGAUUAUCUCUGUGGACCAACGUCCAGCCACUGUGGUGGUGAAUGUCCCUGAUGCCAUGGCAACAGAGAUCCCCCUGACUAAUCUGGUGUUUUCUGAGCAGGAUGUAAAUAUCAGCGUUAUCAACCAAAAGACAUGGACAUCAGAACAGGCUUCCAUAUUUUUUGGGGUACUGUCCACAACUAGCUUUGAUAUCGAGGAACUUUCUCCUUUCGUGCUACAAGGUUUCUCAUGUACUUCAGUGCAGAAAAUGACAAAAACAAGGAUCCAGAAAUUGAUUCAUGCCAGCAGGCCGAGAAUUGGCAGAGCUAAGGUGGUGCUGAAGGAAUCUCAGUUAACCUGCAUGUAUAACCAUCUCAGCGGAAACUUCUCCCAGAACUUCAGAGAUUAUCCUGCUGACAUGCUCCUCUUUUUUGAGAACACAGAUGUUCAAACAACCAGGUGCAGGUCCUACUUUUCAGCAGUGGGUGCUGCAGACUUUUCUGUGGUCUCCAGCAGUUUGAACAAGAAUACACUGCUAUUCAGUGAAGCCCGAAAAUGUCUGGGAAUAAGUGGUUUGAAUCUGAGCAGAGACAACGUGGAGGUGCUGGGGAACAUGACCUGCACUCUGAACAGCUCUUACAUCUCAAACUCUGAUCCUCUUAUCCUGGAAAAACUGAAAGCUUGUAAAGGCUUCUCCGACAGUCAAGUGGCUGCCAUGGAAACACUGCUGCUGUCUGGGAAUACAAUCUAUGGAAAUGCUACCACCUGGAACCAGCAAACACUGCGAAACUUAGGGACUCUACCUUUGUAUUUCACAAGAAAUUUCUGGGGCCGGUUUACAACUGCGGCAAAAAGGAGAUUCCUGAAGACGUUUAUGCCCCAACUGAGGAAGGCAAAGACAGAGAAGACGAAGCUCAAAGCGCUGUUUAAACAAAUCAGUGGGUUCAGAAUAAAACGAGGAGCAGGUUGCACUGUGGGCAACAUCACCCAAGUCAUAGUUAGUGACGCUUCGUUCCCGUUUGGCUAUGACCUGACACAAUUUGACCUCUGCCUGGACGUUCCUGUUCUCAAGGAUAACCUCAAUUCUAUCUGUGAGAAAGUGGAUGACAAUGACUUCCAAACUAUCAUACUGAGGAAACUCAAUGAGGCAUAUCCAUCUGGAGUUUCGGAUCAGAAUGUUCAGGUGCUUGGUUCCGUGUCCCGUGUGGCGUCACUUGCCGACAUCUCCAAGUGGAACAUCGCAAUAAUUGACACUCUGGCAGCACUCAUGAAAAGUGAAGAUGGAUCUUGGGAGGCAGCAAAGAGCAAAGCAAUCAUCACCAAGUAUCUGAAUACUUCUGGUAACUCCUUGGGUAGUGCUGAGCUCAAUGUUAUCGGCUCCAAUCUGUGUUCGCUGGACGUCAGUACACUAAAGACCAUCACUGCAGAUAGUAUUAGAAAUGCCAAAUCCCUGGAUGUGUCAUCUUGUUCAACCGAGCAGAAAAAAGUCCUGUAUGAGAUCAGCAGCACUUCCUUCAGCUCACAACGUGCUGAUGCAGCCACCUAUUACACUUUAAUUAAGGGAUACCUAGGCGGCGCUCCAUUGGCUAGUGUACUAGAUCUGUCAACCAAAAACAUCAGCAUGGACAUUGAGAUUUUCAAGAGUUUGGAUCCGAACGUCAGAGCGAGAUUGAAUGUGACCAAUGUGCAAGGCCUCCUGGGAACCCAUCUGCCAGAUCUGAAACUGUUUCAAGCUGAUAGCGUGGUUCAGAACUGGGUGAACAGACAGCUGCAGUCAGAUCUGGAUACACUUGGUCUGGGUUUAAUCUCCAACAGAACUGACCCUACUACUUCAUCUUUAAGCUCCAACCACACCGUGACACCACCACAGGGAAACACAACUCUGUCAGGGAACACAUCAGUCACAACUACAUCUCUGACCACUGCAAUAACAACACAAAAAGUUGUAGCCAACACCACAAGUGGAGGAGCAGAGUUCACAAAACACCCAACCUCCAUAUUCCUGGCUGCACUACUGACAUCUGUGCUUCAACUUCUACAACACACUUAAACAAAUAACAGCCUCUUAUUUAAAUUAUUUCUAUAUAUUCCUCGUAAGCGAUCUGUAAUGAAUUAAUUUUUAGGUAAUACUCACACCUUAAAAGUGUGAUUCUUUAUUAUUAAUUACAUAAUAACUAAUCAUCUUUCUAAUUCACUUCCUGCUUCACUUUAUCUAUUUAUCACUUUCUACCAAAAUAAUCACAGUAAACACAAGAAAAUGUUUAACCCUUUCAUGCAUGAAUUAUGAGAA